UUGAUAAGAAAAUUUUAUAUUGGUCUAUUAAGAAUGAGUAGCAUUAAAAUCAGUGAAACUGAUACAAAAAAAAUUUACGGGAGACAGGCAAGCUUAGAAGACAUCAAUCUGGACCAAUUUCUGAAAAUAUCGAAUUAUGAAGAGACCAUAAAGCAGCUUGACAUUUAUUAUGGGAUCGUCAAGCGACAACUUUUGCAGAAUCAGUCGGAAAUCACUGGCUUGUUUCCAGUGCUAUCCACUGAUAAAGAAGUUGGCAGUGUUCGAGAUACUGUUUAUUGUGCUGCUUCUAUAUGGAGUUUGUAUCAAGCAUAUCGCAGAAUUGAUGACGAUCGAGGAAAAUCAUAUGAACUCGGUCAAAGUGCUGUCAAAGCAAUGCGAGGUGUUUUAGAAUGUUGGAUGAAACAAUCUCAUAAAGUGGAACUUUUUAAGCAACGUCAAUGUUCAGCACAUGCAUUGCACUGCAAAUUUCAUCUUCACACCGGUGAAGAAAUUUAUUCAGAUGACAAAUACAAUCAUCUUCAAAUCGACGUUGUCUCUAUCUACAUUAUUUUUCUCGUUCAAAUGAUAACGUCAGGACUUCAGAUCAUUUACACUCAAGAUGAAGUUGCAUUCAUACAAAAUCUGGUUUAUUACGUUGAACGUGCUUACAGAACACCAGAUUAUGGAAUGUGGGAACGUGGUUCAAAAUACAAUGACGGAACACCAGAAAUUCAUGCAAGUUCCAUUGGAAUGGCUAAAAGUGCUCUCGAAGCCAUCAAUGGCUGUAAUUUAUUUGGUGAUAAAGGAGCUUCAUGGAGUGUCGUAUACGUUGACAUAGAUGCUCACAACAGAAAUCGGUCGAUUUUUGAAACGAUGCUUCCAAGGGAGUCGAGUAGUAAAGGCGUUGACAGCUCUUUAAUUCCAACGCUUUCUUUUCCUGCUUUUGGAUCGCACGAAGAAAGAUUGGUUGACUUAACUAAGACAAAUGUCAUUACUCGUCUUCGUGGUAAGAAAGGAUUUAAAAGAUUCAGUCGCGAUGGGUAUUUGUGUCGUCUGGAAGAUAAAACUCGUCGCUAUUAUCACAAAGCUGAAAUCAAAGAUUUUGAAAACAACGAAUGCGAAUGGCCAAUGUUUUACACUUUUCUCAUAAUUGAUGGAGUUUUCAGAAACAAUUCCGAGCAGAUUGAAGAAUAUCAAAUGGAAUUAAGAAAGUGCAUGUAUUCAGAUUUGAACGGAGAUCCCGUCGUAUCAAUGUUUUAUGUGCCAGAUGGAGAAGGAAUGUAUACGAGAGGUUCCAGUUCUCAAGCGAUUUUCCUCAUGGGACAGUCAUUGUUUAUCAUAGCACAAUUAUUGACUGCUGGUUUGCUUCAUGUCAAUGAAUUGGAUCCAAUAAGACGUUAUUUACCUUCUUACAAUCGACCACGAAAAGGCGGCUCCAGAUAUUCAGCAUUUCAGGGAACUGCAACUGACCUUGUCGUUCAAAUUGUGUUGAUUGCAGAGUCGAUGAGACUUCAGGCAAUGCUCAUGACAUACGGAAUUCAAACACAAACUCCACAUGAAGUUGAACCUGUUCAGAUCUGGUCAUCUAUUCAGUUGAUUAAAAUUUAUCAGCAAUUAGGUGUCAAUGACAAAGUGGGAUUGUCAGGUCGACCAUCACGUCCUAUUGGAUCACUUGGAACAAGCAAACUCUAUCGUGUUUGUGGUUCUACCGUUAUGUGCUAUCCACUCAUCUUUGAAGUUUCUGAUUUUUAUUUAUAUCGUGACAUGGCUCUUCUUAUUGACGACAUCAAAACGGAACUUCAAUUUGUUGGCAAAUAUUGGCGACUUUCAGGACGUCCAACAGUUUGCUUAUUGAUCAAGGAAGAACACAUGAGAGAUCCGCAAUUUAAAGAAAUGUUGGAUCUUUUGGCAAUGCUUAAAAAGGGAUAUUGCGAUGGAAUGAAAGUUCGCAUAGGAAGACUUCAAAAUUUAGUCUCAAGCUCUUGCACAGAACAUUUGGAUUUUGUUUCUGAAAUUCCUGAUAACUGUGAAAGUUCUUUUGUUCAAAUUCAUCAUGAAUAUAUUGGCUACCAAAGUUUAACAGAUGUGCCUAAAGCAGCUGCUUACAAUGAAAAUAAAAUUGCUUGCACUGACUUCCAUGCUCGACCAAUAUCGGAAAUUGUUGCAGCACUUCAUGGAACUGACUCAAUAUUCUGUCAGUGUCAGUUAUAUGGCAUCAUCACUCAACGUGAAGGGCCACAUUACGAACUUAAUGGAACGCCUGUUCAAGAUCUAAUCACAGAACUUUAUUAUAAAUCUGGAAGCUUGAGAUAUUGGCGUGGUGUCCGUUAUUGUUCAUCUUUAUUGCGUAAAACUGUUGAUUCGAUUAGUCCUUUCAUAACGACAAUUCUUGUGAAUGGAAAACAAAUUGCUGUUGGAAUGAUUGGCCAAAAAGAAGUUGUAUUUGAUCGUCCAAUGACACCAUCUGAGAUUCAGAAUGCAAUUUAUUCAUGCUUCAGUUGGACUGAUACUAUUCAUGCUGUUUUGCAACAAGAAGUUGUUCUUUACUGUGGUCGAAUGAUUGCAACAAAUCCAGAUAUCUUUAAAGGUAUUUUGAAGAUACGUGUUGGCUGGGUUGUUGAGGCUAUGAAGCUUUAUCUCGAAAUAAAAGGCGCUGAAUUAGGAAUGGAUUCUGAAAUAGAAAAUUUAUCGCCAUUUCAAAUACGACAAUUGUUGAUGAUAGUUUUGACUGUCAGUCAAUGGGCGAAUAAUGAUAAAUUAAAUACACUUCGAAGACGUCAACUUGAAGGAUGUUUAUGUCGUGUCCCGAAUAAAUUCUAUAAUCUCGUAUGGGAUGUUCUUGAUCGUUGUCCAUCGGGCAUACAAGUACAAGGACAUCAUUUAGCAGCACUACCAACAUUAUCCAACAUGUCUCGUGGUGAAUUGUCUUUUGCACUUUUAGUUGAAGAAAUGUUGCAUCAUAUACCAAAAUCAGAACGACGUCAAGUCUCUGUUGAACUUAUUUGCAUUGUCGCAACAAUACUUAGCCGAAAUCCAGAACUUCGCUUUCAACAAGUUCUCGAUUUGGAUAUUUUACUUGAAGAUGCAUUUCAUAUGUAUUGCAAGGAUCACGAUUUACCAAUUUCAAAUGACAUUACACCGCUCUUCUCUUUAAAUUAUUCUCAAUCGGUUGGAUACUUAGCAAGGGCCAGCGUAAAUAGUGUUUUACAAAAAGCUGCUUUAACGAACGUCAGUUCAGACGAAGUUCACGACAACAUUGAAGAAUCAUGCAAAGUUUCAUAAAAUAAAACAAUUAUUUAUCUUAUUAUCGCAGUUAAAAAUAAAUAAACAAAUAAAUUUCAAUAUUUAAAUUAAUUUUCUACGAUUUUUUUCUUUUCUUUAUUUUCCAUAACUUUGAAGAAAAUUGAAAAAAAAGAAUUUGCAUGUUUAAUAUAAAAU